UCCGUACAACACACACCACUGGUUGAAGCAGGAUUUGCCAGUUGAAGGAUUAACACGUUUUUCGUUUUUUUUGAAUAAUUGUUAUUCAUUCACUUAGCUCUUAUUUCGGCGCACUGAAGACGGAUAGUGACUAAAACGUUACAACAGAUUGGCAGACCAACCGAAACGACAAAUAGGUAUGAAAAUGAUGUUUGUAUCUGCAAUGAGUGUCUGCCUGCUGAUAAAUUAUGCUGUGUCCGCAAUUCCUAAACCGGAGGAAAAACGAGUGUUGGAUCAUGAUCCACUAAGCCAUGCACAACAUUAUCAAAAUGAUGAGCAUAACAAACAGUACGAUCAUGAAGCAUUUCUCGGCGAAGACGCCAAGACAUUCGAUCAACUAGAAGCGGACGAAAGUAGAAGACGGUUAGGUCUCAUCGUAGAUAAAAUAGAUGGCGACAGCGACGGGUUUGUUAAUCUGUCUGAGCUGAAGGCCUGGAUUCAGUACACGCAACGGCGCUACAUCGACGAUGAUGUCAACCGGCAGUGGAAGACGCACAAUCCAAACAAUACGGAGAAAGUCCACUGGGAUACGUACCGGAAGAAUGUGUACGGAUUUCUGGACGAGCUUGCGUCGCAUGAAACGGACCAUCCUAACGAUGAACACUUUUCUUACCGGGCAAUGAUGAAGCGCGAUCGACGCCGCUGGAGCAUUGCGGAUCGUGACGGAGAUGAUGAGUUGACGCGGGAAGAGUUUACCGAUUUUCUUCAUCCUGAGGAAAGCAGCCACAUGCGCGAAGUCGUUGUAACGGAAACAAUCGAAGAUAUCGAUAAGGAUAGUGAUGGAAAGGUGUCGGUCGAAGAGUAUAUCGGCGAUAUGUACCGACAAGGCGAACCGGACGAAGAAGAACCGGAUUGGGUGAAGCACGAGCGGGAAACGUUUACUAAUUUCCGUGACAAAAACAAGGAUGGAUUUAUGGACAAUCAGGAGGUUAAGGAUUGGAUUACUCCAGCUGACUUCGACCAUGCAGAGGCGGAAGCACGUCAUCUAAUCUACGAGGCUGAUUCCGACGCGGACGAGAAACUUACCAAGGAUGAGAUUAUCGAAAAGUACGAUUUGUUUGUCGGUUCACAAGCAACAGAUUUUGGCGAGGCUUUAACGCGGCAUGAUGAGUUCUAAAGCAGGUUCAUAGUACUCAAUUUAGUUUAAACUGCGGUGUCAUUAUUAGAUGAGGUAUAUUUUUGUACACAAACGCAAAUGUGCAUCGAUACUGCAGUGACUGAACCGUUUAGAAUACUCCUAUUUGCCAUACGAGGGUAGCAAAGGAACAACUAAUGAACAAAUAAUAUUAGGUAGUAUAAAGAUAUGUUUCUAUUACAGUAUGUCUCAUGCUAACAUUUAGUUUAGGCGUAAUAUGUUACUUGCAUAUAAAUGUAAUGUUUCGCAAUCAUGAGUUGAUAUUAAUCUCGAAAUUGUUGGCAGGGCAUUCAUUAAAACAUGAACUAUUUUCCAUAGUUCAACUACACGUUUCGUGAACUCUGUCAACAACAAACCAAUAAACCAUGUUCGAUUAAAGGCGAAAAACAAUCUUUGUUGAGAAUGAAUAAUUGUCGACUAAUUAACGUAUGCUUGAAGAAAAAUGACAAAAUUUUGAGCGAGAUUGAAAAAAAACUAUUAAAGAUAAUUUAAUGGAAUAAAGAUCACUUAAAUCCUAUGUUUAAUAAGCAAUAAGGAAAG